UCAGCCCCUAUAAAAUUCCGUUUCCACCCCCUUCUUCUCUCAGAUACUCUCUUCUUUAUGCCUCCAUUCCUCUUAAUCUAUCCCUCACUAUUCCUAAAUCUUCCCUUUCUACUUUUUAAUCCCACUUACUUCUUACUUCUACGUUAUUGAUUUUCCUCAUCGGCUAUCAUGGAUCUGAUUACGGGUCUUCCCGAUGAUGUUGCCAUGGACUGUUUGAUUCGGGUUUCAUUCGAUCAGUUCCCCACCGUUGCGUCCGUUUGUAAGAACUGGAAGGCGGAGAUUGAGAUGCCGGAGUUUCUCCGCCGACGGAGGAGCGCCGGCCAUACCCAGAAACUCAUCGUCAUGGUUCAGGCACGAGUCAAUUUGGAUAAACGAGUCAGUGCUUUGAUGAAGGGUUCAGCCAACCCGAUUUAUCGUUUGAGUGUAUGUGAGGCGAAUUCGGGUCAGUGGACCGAGUUGCCGCCCCCUCCGGGUUCCUCUGGCGGGUUACCCAUGUUCUGUCAAAUAGCGGGUGUCGGGUACGACUUGGUUUUGAUUGGCGGGUGGGACCCAAACUCGUGGAAGUCUUCGAAUUCGGUGUUUAUUUACAACUUCAUGUCGGCCAAGUGGCGGCGUGGGGCGGACAUGCCGGGUGGGGCGAGGACGUUCUUCGCCUGCGCGUCUGAUUCCGAGCGGGUAGUUUACGUGGCCGGUGGGCACGAUGACGAGAAGAACGCGUUAAGGUCGGCUUUAUCCUAUGACGUGGCAAGAGACGAGUGGGUCACACUUCCCGAUAUGGGAAGAGAGAGGGACGAGUGCAAGGCGGUUUUCCACCGUGAAAGUGGGAAGUUUCAGGUGAUCGGCGGUUACUGCACGCAGAUGCAAGGGCGGUUUGAGAGAAGCGCCGAAGCCUUUGACAUUGCUUCGUGCAAGUGGGACCCGGUGGAAGAGGAGUUUCUUGAAUCUGCCACGUGUCCGAGGACCUGCGUGAACGGCGGUGAUGGAAGGAAAGUAUACAUGUGCAAGGGCGGUGACGUCGUGGCAUUAGAAGAUGACACGUGGGAAACUUUGGCGACGCUGCCACCUGAGAUCCGGGAGGUGGCUUACAUGAGUUCGGGGUUGGAGGGGACGUUGGUGGUGAUUGGAUCGAGUGGGUAUGCUGAGCCAUACAUGGGCUUUGUAUUGGACCUUAAGAGUAACAGUUGGAGAAAGUUGGAGAGCCCAAUGGGCCACACUGGCCAUGUUCAGUCAGGCUGUCUCUUGGAGAUUUAGGCGGGAGGCUUCACUUCAAUUCAAUCUCAAUACUUGGGCUGUUUAUGUAAAUUGGCAAAAUUUUGUCUUGUUUAACUCAGUUUGACCUUACUUUAAUGUACUGCAUUUAGAGUCUCAACUUCAUAUACAAAUACCUUACUUCAGAAA